UCUCGUUUUGGACAUUUUCUUCCUGUUGAUGCUUGACACAUAGACGCCUCCUUCGGGCGUUUGGCCUGCCUACUUGGUUGGUUCCAGCGGGGGGCGGAGCGGGGGCUUGCCUCUUUUUUGGAGGGGGGAAAGGGCCUUGGGAGCCUGCUAUGCUUGGUGCUGCUGCUGCGUUUGUUUUUGGACGUUUUUUUACUCUUGCGCGCUCUCUCUGUUGCUCUGUUGCUCUCUCUCUCUCUCUCUCUCUCGCUGCUCUAUACGUCACUCAUGCUUGCACGCUGAAUACACGCUCCUCUACUGCUACUCAUACUAUUGCUGAAAAAGCGCGGCGCCUUGCUGGGGUUUCUGUCGUUGUUGUUGCUUGCUUGGUCUUGCUUGCUUGCUUGAUUGCUUUGCUUUGCGUUGCUUUGGCCUUUACGCGCAGCAUGGUCCUUCUUUUAGUCUUUAGUUUUUUGGAGGGGAGAGGAGGGAGGAGGGGAGGCUUUAACUUUGGUCUUGUCGGGUUAUGUGUACUACGUACGUACGUGUUUGGUCGUUGCUUGUCUGCUUGACUGCUGCUUAGUUUGUUGUUGUUUGUUUGUUUGUGGUGGCUGUGCUUGGUGGUUGUGGUUGUUGGAAAGUAUAUGUGUUAUGCUUACGUGCUUACGUACGUAGCAUUGCGCGCUUGAUGAGGAUGGUAGCAGCGGCGCAUUGUUGAUUGAUUGGUUGGUUGGUU